AUUAGGUAACUGAAUUUUGUGCCGCUACAAGGCGAAUAUUAUUUUAUUUUUUAAACAUAAAAUCAAAUUUCAAAAUGGGUUGUUGCCAAAGCAGACCACGAAAUGAUCCCCAUGAAGGACAACCAGAAGGAACGCCAUAUUCAUCAGGUGGCAAUCAACAACAAGGGCAAGGAUAUGCAUCGAGAAGUGAAGAUAUUACUCAACCACCGAAUCAGCCAAGCGAUCCAAAUGAACCUCAACCAACGCCUUAUGGAGCAAAUGGUUCUAAUAAUGAUUAUUCGGGAUCAAAAUACGGAGGCUAAUAAUAUUAGAAAAAAUAAAAUAAUUAACGACUUAACUCGAAAUAAUGAUUAUCAAAAUUUCGUUUGCAACUUUGAAAAAUUUUCACUUUAACGUAAGUUUCAUUCGAGUAGAAUAAAUCUUUAAUUUCUAGCGAUUUUAAAAGCCUUAAUAUAAUAAACCCCUCGAUAAAUAAAAAUGAUGAUCAUAGCUUAGAUAUUUCCGUGUGUGUGAACAUACAUAAACGAAAAUGACAAAAUUCAUCGAUGAGAAAAGUUCAUCUGUACGUAAACCACCUGCUUUCCAUCCUUCCCUUCGCCUAUCAAAAGCAAGCAAUAAAGCUGUUUCAAAAACUAUUUAACUAUUUGCGAAUAGAACAUACACAGUUUAGUUUCCUUAAACUCAAAUGUCUUCCAUUUUAUUGACAA